AUGCCGCGCGAGCUCGUCACCAUCCAAGUAGGCCAGUGCGGCAACCAGAUCGGGACGCGGUUCUGGGAGCUCGCGCUGCGGGAGCACGCACACUACAACCCCCGCGGGCUUUUCGACGAGCCCAUUAGCAGCUUCUUCCGGAACACGGACGACAGAUACAACCCGCCGAAGGAGCUCGAGGUCGGGGACGGCACGGGCCGCAUCCGCACGCUCAAGGCGCGCGCGGUGGUGGUGGACAUGGAGGAGGGCGUCGUGAACGGCAUGUUGUCUGGGAAGCUGGGCACGUUGUUUGACGAUCGACAGAUGCUGACUGAUGUCAGCGGGUCGGGCAACAACUGGGCGCACGGGUUCAACGUGUACGGCCCGCAGUACCGCGAGGGCCUCCUGGAGACGGUGCGGGCCGCGGCGGAGCGCUGCGACUCCCUGCAGUCCUUCCUGAUGAUGCACUCGCUGGGGGGGGGGACUGGGUCAGGGGUGGGGUCAUACCUCCUCGAGGCGCUCGCGGACGAGUACCCCGAGGUCUACAGGUUCAACUGCUCGGUGUUUCCGUCGAAGGACGACGACGUCAUCACGUCGCCGUACAACGCAGCGCUGUCGCUGGCCAAGCUCGCGGAGCACGCCGACUGCGUCCUGCCCGUCGAGAACCAGGCGCUCAUGGACGUCGUCGAGAACAUCGCCGCGCGCGGCACCGGCCGCGUCCGCGCCGGGUCCACCGCCGACGGCGUCGCCGCCGGCGCGACGGGCGAAAAGCCGUGGGACCGCAUGAACGGCAUCGCGGCCAAUCUGCUGCUCAACCUCACGUCGAGCGUGCGCUUCGAGGGCCAGCUCAACGUGGACCUGAACGAGAUCACGAUGAACCUCGUCCCGUUCCCGCGAAUGCACUUCCUGAUGGGCGCCAUGUCGCCGCUCGCGGCGCCCGCGGACGUGGGGCGCGCCGCGGCGCCGCGCGCGGUGGACCAGGUCUUCGGCGAGGUCCUCCAGUCCCAGAACCAGCUCAUCAAGGCGGACCCGCGCGCGUCCACGUGCCUCGCGUGCGGCCUCCUGCUCCGCGGCGACGUCGCCAUCUCCGACGUCAGCCGCUGCGUCGCGUCGCGCAUCCGGCCGGCGCUCAAGAUGGCGCACUGGAACGGCGACGGGUUCAAGAUCGGGAUGUGCAGCAAGCCCCCCGUCGGCCUGAACUACUCGCUGCUUGCGCUGCAGAACAAUUGCGCCAUCCGGUCGACCUUCCAGGCCAUGUCGGACCGCGCGUUCACGCUGUACAAGCGGGGGGUGUAUUUGCACCACUACACGCAGUACAUCGACGAGGGGGUGUUCGGGGAGGCCUUCGAGGCCCUGCGCGGACUCGCGGACGGGUACGCGGCACUCGACGGCAUGCAGCCGCCGCAGCGGAUCCCCAGGCUGCGACCAAUCGGGCUCGGGUUCGCCUAG